UAUUCCUUCACCAUCACGUACACUUUCUCCCGACAAACAAUUUCAUCCUUUCUUUGGUCCUUGCUAACGUGUCAUUUAACACGUUGUAUCGAUAGAUUGCUCAAAUACAAGAGAUUGCUUUCGAUCUCUAGACUUCUUUCAAGGUUCUUUUGACGCUUAUUUAUGUCCAAUCAUUCACCUAUCGUAUUCCGAGAACGAGAACAAAUCAAUCAAACCAAUCAAGCAAGCACUUCCAACACAAACACCCAACAUGACUUUGCAAGCACCACUGAUGAUCCAUCAGAGUGGCCAUCGCUCAACCCCACUCAACCAACUUCGCAUAUAGACCAAAGUGGAGCGGCCAUCUCAACAGAUGCCGAUUUACGUGAAGAUUUGGGACCUCGAACCCUUCAUCGGAAAGCAAAGCCAAAGCCUGGCAUACCUUUCAAAGUUCUCAAAGCUCGAGCGGCUGCUGAAGCAGAGAAUGAAGAUGGCGAAGGUGAUCCUUUAGCCCAAAUCGCGGUUUUACCACCGGAACUUCUCGCCCGUAUAUUUGCUCAUUUAGAUGCACGGUCUAUGGUUCAAUGUGCAUUCGUUUGUAGAGCUUUCAAUUUUGUCAUUCGUGAUGAAGCAACAUGGAGAUUAGCAUUCUCUCUGGCUUUCGGCAUAGAAGCCGUAGAAGCGGAUCAAGCUACAACGCCGAUCUUGCGACGUGUUGAGCCAAGUAGCUGGAAACAAGAAUACAUGCAAAGAACCGAUUUGAUUCGAAGAUGGAGAAAAGCAAGAGCGCCAACAGUGAUCUCUGAUGCGCGAGUUGGAGUCAUUCAUUCAAUCGCUCUUUCUUUACCGCAUAAUUUCAUGCUUUCAGCAUCUCUGGCACAUGGUGUGGCAAGUCGUUGUGAUCCAUUCACAGGAAAAGUUUCUAAAGGAUUUCUUGAUGCUUCAGGUCAAGUUCAUGCUGCUGGAUUAGCAGCUCUGGCCGCGGAACAAGGUGUCCUGGAUAUCUCUGCUGUUUGUUUGGAAGCAGACGCUACCCGUAUCGUUUGGGGCUUUCAUUCGGGCGCUGUUGCAAUGACAAAUCUAGCCAGGCAAGGUACAAAUCCAAGAGGUUUGAUCAGAGGUGUGCAAUUCUCCACGCGAUCUUCUCACAUCGGGCCAAUCAUGGAUAUCGCGAUGCCGUUCGGAACAGGAGCUGGUGGAGCACAUAGCAUCGAACGAAGUCCGGAAAAGAUACGUCAAAGGCAAGCAGCACUGGGUGAUGCUUCCGAGACUUUCGUCACCGCCGGAAUGGACGGUAGUGUGAAACUUUGGAGUCCCAAAAAGGCUGUUCCGCUGUGGACAGAUGUUGCCCAUCAGAACAAGCAGGCUUCGGGGCCAGCAUCUAGACCUGUACCGGUGAUGCGUUUGGCCAUUCAUCUUGAGUCAGGCACAAUCGUCGCAGCUACGUCUAGUGGACAUCUCACCAUGUGGACAAAUAUCGAUAUCGCCGGCCUUUUGAACUUGCCAGCGUCUGCAUUCGAAGAGCCAAACACACUUGAACCUACACUGGCUCAAAAAGAAGGACGAAAGGCCAUGGAAAAGAUCCACGCAAGAAUCAAUCGCUUUGAGCUUCAAACGAUUCUAAGCUCUGCAACGGAGCCUGUCAUUGUACCGACACUGCUUGCAUUGGAUAUUGACCUAUCCGGCUCUGUUCAUGAUCGGAAGUACGAGAAAGCUCAACUGCUCUGCUUCUCCGAGGAUGCCAGUACUUUUGCACGCUACACGGUCAAUCUGAACGAUGCAAAUGUCAUCGUCAAAAGAGAUGUAUUUAUUGCUCCAAAAGCCAGCCAAAUCUGCUGCCUUCGUCCCGACUUUGAGCUCACGAAAGCUGUCCAGCGCUCAUCGGCAACCACUGCAGGUGUGGUGACCGUACCUGGUCAAGAUACCGCAUUAAGUACAGAUCAAUAUGGAGGACCAGCUCUUUUUAGUGAACGCAAAUAUGUCUGUGGUGGUACGAAAGAUGGCAAAUUGAUUAUCUGGGACUGGGAAGCAGAGUCGAAAGAAGGUGAAGAUAUUCAAGCUUGGUCGUGCUUAGAUGCUCAUCAUAUGGGUAUCACAGCUCUAGAUGUGACAGAGCAUGCGAUUGUUGUUGGUAGUUCAGACGGCACGAUUAAAGCAUUUUGUCCUCUGAGUGGUCAAUUGAUUCGAAUGUUCAACGAUCGUUCUGCUACUCGGCAUCCUGCAAGAAUGUUGGCUUCCGGACAACUGACGGAGGAAGAAGCAUCAAGAUUUCAUGUUGGCCAGAUCAUUGCUGGAAAAGAGACAAUCGUUGCCUGCAUUGGAUCUCAAGUUUUGGCUUGGCGUGCAGAACGUUUGCGAAAUAACAAGACAAAUGCAGGCAAGAAGGUCACCUCACGUACCGGUCGUAAUGCGAUGGGUAGAUUGUGGGAUCCAAAAAUGCAAUCUCAGAAAGAGAUGGAGAGAGAUAUCUAUGAAACAAAGCAAGAAUUGCAACAAGAACAAGAGGAUCGUCUGGCUGAUAGACAGAGAUUGGGCACCCGACCUGAAUCUGAAUUGGACGAUAUGACCGAACAAGAAGCAUUUGAAUAUGCAAUGAUGUUGAGCAGAGACGAGAUGGAUGAAAAAAGCAAAGGAGGAAGUGCUACAGGAAGCAAAGGGGUUGGUCUAAGAAAGACAAGCGCAGAGGAUGAGCUACAAGAUGCUCUUGAACAGAUUGCACUUGCUGAAAGUAGCGCAGAUUCUAGCAAGCUGGUCUCUCAGUCUGCAACAGAUGAUGAAGAUGGCGAGGAUGCUUUAGAUGAAAGUCAAGAUGAUAUGAAUCAUACAUAUCGAAGUACAUCCAGAAGCUCAGCCACAAGUCCAAAUUCAUCGCCAUUUAUUCAUGCAUUCUCUUCGCCACCUUCACGUGCAUGGGAUAUUCUACAGAAUGCAGGUUCAUCAGCAUCAAGAAAUAUGAGAGUUGGAGAUGCAAAUAGUAAAGUUCAAGCCGUUCAUGUUCCAAGAAAUGCGCGUUUGCCAUCUUAUUCCACGGCAAGCUCCUCAAGAAGGCCCAGUAAUUCGAACCUUUCGAAGCCUUCAUUUGACAGUCCACAAGAUUGGCCAGUGUUCGAGCCAUCAAACAGUUUUGGAGGCAAAUCGCCUUCACGAUUAGAUCUAGGCUCUCCUGUACCGCAUCCGACUCACGCAUCUUUUGGUAAUGGUAACCGGAAGAAUAGCUUUAAUGCAUCUACCCCUGCAUCUACAGUUUCGGCAACUCAAUCUCCAUCAUCAUCUUUUCAAGCACGUAGUCCGAUUGGGGCAUGGGCACAAGGCAGUCCUAGCCUUCGUCCGAUCCAUUCAUCAAAGAGUUCGAGUUCACCUUCUGCUUUGACGGCAAGUAGACCAUCGAUGAAGGCUAGAAGUGGAUCAAUUUUAGCACGUAAUGAGAAUGAGAAUCAAACGCGAUCUUCUUCUCCUUCAAAUGAUAAUCAAAUGGAUGAUGAUUUGCGAUUUGCGAUUGAAUUAAGUCUUGCCGAGGAACGAUCAAGGCAAGAAGAAAGUAGGAAAAGAAAAGGAAAACAGCCGCAAGUGCAAUAGACAUGAUUCAAUACACCUGUGCUGCUAUAACAUACAAAUGAAUUUUGUAUUUUUAUUCUCUUGCUUUCUGGAUGUCAUGAAAUAUUAUAGACUUCGGAAAAUAAUUUAAAUAUUUGUGUACCAAUCCGAAUGUCCGGCCCCCGUUUUGUGCACUUGCCACGGCUGUUGUCUUAUAUGAAUGUGGAAUUCAUUUCGAUAAGGCACCCUGCGGCUACACCGUGUAUGUUAAAGAAACACAAACAAAUCGAUCUUUUGGCU